CUUGAUGCGAAAGUGAUCCCCACGUUUCGACCGGAGUUUUUGUCUUUAAGCAUGGCAUAUAUCGCGUAAGCAUAGAGAGCCAGUGUGUAUAUCAUAUUCUUUAGAGGCGCCAAAUGGACCGCCACUCAAAGUGGAUAGAUAUCGUUGACGGUUGAGGUUGUCGCCUUGUUUGAAAAGUAGGCCUGUUAAGUGAUUCUUGGACGAGAGCCCGGCUUAUACACAGCAGGAAGCGGUGUAUUCGGGACUUUGCCCAAUUUCGCCCCUUGCUGCUGCGUGCAACGGUGCUGCCUGAACAUCAGCACACCAAUAUUCAACACGAACCGGGAUCUCUGAACGCAACCAGUCUUCGAUCCGCAAAACGACUGCAUAGUCCCCGCAACAAUAAACAACACCGAAAACCGCGGGCAUCAUGACAAGCUCACCCUCCGCCGCGAACACGCGGGCAGUGUUCGCCGUGUUCGAAAAGUACCAAAAAGAGCGACUGAUGUUCGUGCAAACCGUCGCGGACCUAGCCUCCCGCGAAACCAACAUCGAGGCUCUGCAAGGCGCGGGUGUGAUGUCACUUCUGCGCCCGUUGCUGCUGGACAAUGUGCCGGCGAUCCAGCAGGCUGCGGCGCUGGCGUUGGGGAGAUUGGCGAAUUAUAAUGAGGAGAUGGCGCAGAGUGUGGUUGAUUCGGAUAUCUUGCCGCAGUUGGUUUAUUCGUUGAGUGAGCAGAAUCGCUUCUACAAAAAAGCCGCAGCCUUCGUGCUCCGUGCCGUAGCCAAGCACUCCCCAGACCUCGCGCAAUCCGUCGUCGACUCGGGCGCGUUGACGGCGCUCAUCAGUUGUCUUGAGGAGUUUGACCCGGGGGUCAAGGAGUCUGCUGCUUGGGCGCUGGGAUACAUUGCUCGUCACAGUGGAGAAUUGGCACAGGCGGUGGUGGACGCGGGAGCGAUCCCGUUGCUCGUGCUGUGCGUGCAGGAGCCGGAACUCUCGCUACGACGGAUCGCGGCGUCGGCAUUGAGCGAUACCGCGAAGCAUUCGCCGGAGCUCGCCCAAUGCGUCGUCGACGCCAACACGGUCCCGAUCGUCGCGCCCCUCCUCGCCAACCCCGACGCCAAGCUCCGGCGCCAAGUGUGCUCCGCGCUGGCGCAGAUCGCCAAGCACACGGUGGACCUGGCCGAGACGGUCGUGGACGGCGAGAUCUUCCCGAGCGCGCUGGAUUGCUUGAAGGAUGUGGAUGGGUAUGUCAAGAAGAAUGCGGCGACGCUGGUGUGCGAAAUUGCGAAGCAUACCCCGGAGCUCGCGCAACUCAUCGUCAACUCCGGAGGGAUUGCGGCGGUUGUGGACUAUGUCAACGAGACGCGCGGCAAUGCUCGCUUGCCGGGUAUCAUGACGCUGGGCUACGUCGCUGCGUUCUCCGAGACGCUUGCGCUGGCGGUGAUUGUUGCGAAGGGCGUUCCGCCGUUGACGCAGGCGUUGGUGAUUGAGGGGGAUGAGCAUAUCAAGGCAGCAUGCGCCUGGUCCCUCGGCCAGAUCGGCCGGCACUCCCCCGACCACGCCAAAACGCUCGCGGACCACGCCGUCCUCUCCAAACUCCUGCGCAUCCUCACCACGACCUCCUCCCCCUCGGACGACGCGUCGUCCACAACCGCAGGCGCCGACCUCAAGACCAAAACCAAACGCGCGCUCAAAUGCAUCCUCGAAAAAACCCUCGCGAUCGAAGCCCUCGACCCGCUUCUGCAGCCCCAGACCACACCGGCGAAUAUCCUCAAGUACGUCGUCGGGCAGUUCGCCAAGAUCCUGCCGCACGACGUGGGUGCGCGGCGCGCGUUCGUGAUCAAUGGCGGGUUGCAGCGCGUGCAGGAGAUUGCGGGGAUCUAUGCGGGUGGGACGGGCGUCGGGGUGCCCGGGACGUUGGCGCAGCAGGUGGCGAUGAAGGAGGGGGCCGCGGGGAGUGGGAACGGGUUGGCGGGGACGAAGAUGGGGGAGUAUAUUAGAGCGAUUAAUCAGUGUUAUCCGGAGGAGAUUGUGAGGUAUUAUUCGCCGGGGUAUUCGACGACGUUGUUGGAGAAGAUCGACGAGUACAGUAAGCAACAGGACCACGCAGCCACCGCGAACGCGCAACCACAGCUCCCCAAACUGCCUUCAACCGACCAGCUGCAGACCACCACGCAGGCUCAGGGUAUAACGGCAUAACAGCACGGACGUCUUCCUCCAUCUUCAUCCAACGGAUACUACCCAAUGUCCUCCCAGCAUUUACAAACCCGCCCACCCGUCCCUUUCGUGCGCAAGACACAUUAAACCCCGUAUAGCCAAUGUUCCGAUAAACGUUUUUCUUAUGGACUUCGAAUGAGAU